AUGGCAUCUCGACCUGAUGGUCGUGAAGAUUUUGAGAUUGCUAUAGUCUGUACACGUCCCUUUGAGUACGAUGCCAUCCUCCGCAUCACUGACCAGCAUUGGGACGAAAUUGGAGAUGCUUACGGUCGAGCUAUUGGCGAUAAGAAUUUUUAUACGACGGGAUCUAUAGCAGAUUUUGACGUCGUAGUUCUUCUACUUCCCGGCGGUGGAAAGGCUAAUGCGGCUGGAGCUGCGGCUAGUCUUCGAUCGAGCUACCCAAGGCUGAGUCUUAUGCUGCUGACUGGAAUUUGUGGCGGCGUGCCUAAUACAACAAGUGGUGAUGAGAUUCUUCUCGGAGAUGUAAUUGUCAGCAAGGCGGUGGUGCAGUAUGAUCUUGGCUACCAAUACCCUGACCGCUUUGUCGAGAAAGAUACCAUUGAGACUAGUUUGGGCAAACCGACAAAGAACAUCGGCAGUCUUAUUGCCUUGUUCGAGACAGAAUUUAAACGGGAGCGUCUCGAGAGUCGAGCGGCAGAGCUUCUUGAGAUAAUACAGGGAAACCAUCAAUCUAAUGACUUGCAAAGUAACAGAUGGAGGAAAAUCAGCUAUGCUUAUCCUGGAACCGCGCCAGCCAUCUUCGUCGGACGAGUGGGCUCUGGAGAUAGAGUGGUGAGGUCAAGUGAGGAGCGAGACCGCAUCUCUCGGCAAAAAGGCGUUAUUGCAUUCGAGAUGGAAGGCGCUGGGCUGUGGGAUGAGCUUCCCUGCAUUAUCAUCAAGGGAGUCUGCAACUACGCCGAUGGCCAUCAAGACGGGAUGUGGCAAUACUUUGCGGCUGCUUCUGCAGCAGCGGUCACCCGAGGCCUGAUCGAACAGUACAUCAAGACUGAUAAAGUGGCCAGUAUUCAACUUAGCCAUCUCCUGCGGAAAAAGGAGCAUCAAGAAUGCCUUGCCAAUCUACGAGUUACGGAUCCUCGCAACGACAAGAUCCGCAUUCAGGAAACAAAGGGUGGGCUUCUUUUAGAUGUAUAUGACUGGAUUGUUAAUCACCCUGACUUUCAGCAGUGGCAGGAUGAUGCUGAAUGUCGCCUGCUUUGGAUCAAAGGAGAUCCUGGAAAAGGAAAGACAAUGCUCUUGUGUGGGAUGAUUGAUGAGUUGAGCCAAGAUAACACACGCGUCAUAUCCUAUUUCUUUUGCCAAGCAACAGAAGAAAGACUACGAAAAGCUGUCAACGUUCUAAGGGGGCUCAUUUGGCACCUCAUCGUUCAGCGGCCAUCUCUAAUUUCCUAUGUCCAGGAGAGAUAUGACCAAAGCGGCAAAGAUCUCUUCAACGAUCACAAUGCGUGGUAUCCCAUGUCCGAGAUACUGACAGCCAUGUUGGCUGAUGAGAAUUUGAAAGAUGCAAUCCUAUUAAUCGACGGCCUUGACGAGUGCAUAGACGGUCGUUCGCUUCUCCUUGACUUCAUCACCCAGUCAUCUUCAUCCCAACGAGUCAAAUGGGUCAUUUCGAGUCGCAACUGGCCAGACAUUGAGCAAAAGCUCGAUAAUGCCCUGCGAAAAAUCAGGAUUUCCCUCGAACUCAACGAAGAGUCUGUUGCAGCUGCUGUCCAAUCAUACAUCCAGCAUCAGGUGCAAAAGCUAACAUGUCAAUUUCUCCUCGAUGAUGCAAAACAAGAUGAACUGAAAGCGUAUCUGACGUUAAACGCGCAUGGCACAUUCCUCUGGGUGGCUCUCGUGUGUCAAGAAUUAUCCAAAUUUACAAUCAAGACGCGUAUAUUUGCCACCCUAAUAUCCUAUCCACCAGGGCUAGAUCCGUUGUACCAACGGAUGUUGGAUAGCGUUCACGAUUCGGGGGCGACAGACUUAUGCAAGAUGAUACUGGCCAUCACCGCAGUCGCUUACCGACCCUUAACCCGAUUAGAGCUGUUGACUUUCCUAGGGCAAACCAAAGGCUUGGAAAGCGAGGACUUAGAAGGCUUAAUUCAGAUCUGUGGCUCUUUCUUAACACUGAGAGGCGAGAUCAUCUACUUGGUACACCAGUCAGCAAAAGACUUUUUACUUGACAAAGCAUGUCAUCAAAUAUUUCCUUCUGGAAUAGAAGAACUGCACUAUUCGAUCUUUGAGAUGUCAAUGGCUACAUUAUCUUCGGCGCUACGACGCGAUAUCUACAACCUCAAAUUGCCAGGAGUUCUUAUCGAACAGGUCUCAGCACCGCAGCCGGACCCGAUUGACCCAAUUCGCUACCUGUGCUUUCACUGGUUAGAUCACUUGAGCGAUUCAAAGAGACUGCAAUCAACACAAUCUAGUCUACCAAUCAAGGCCGCAGGUCUCAUCACGACUUUUAUCAGAGAGAAGUAUCUAUGCUGGCUGGAAGCAUUGAGUCUGCUGCGGAAUAUCUCAAUUGGGGCAAAAUCGGUCAAGAGAUUGCUGGAGUUGGUGAAACUAACCGAUAUGCGAGAACUAGCAGAGCUAAUAGAGGAUGCUUAUCGCUUCAUCCUCUUCCAUAAACCCGGGAUCUCAUUAGCACCGCUACAGGUUUAUACAUCCGGACUCGUAUUUACUCCUUCGGGUAGUAACGUGAAAAAUUCCAUGGCGGCACAUGAGCCAAGAUGGGUCUUUAUGAAGUCACGGAUGAAGAACAACUGGGGUGCUGGCCUUCAAUCGCUAGUGGGACACAGCAGCUUUAUAUCCUCGAUGGAUAUCUCACCCGAUUUGUCUCUCAUAGUGACAGGCUCCGAGGACAAGACAGUUCGACUUUGGCAAGUCGAUACAGGCGACUCUUUAUACAUAUUGAGCGAACACACAUCCUACGUUUCUGAUGUGGUCUUUUCUCCUGAUUCCAGAAUGAUCGCAUCGCAUCAUUCCCUAGACGACAUGUAUGGUCGGGCGGCUUAA